AUGAUGUUUGCAGAUGAGUUCAGCCUGUUGGUGCAGUUGCGAAGCCCACAGCGAGAUGAACGCAGCGUGCUCACCCUGCUCAGCCAUGACAGCCACAUCCUGCUGCAACUACGCAUCAGCGCAUACACACUCACCUUCAUCAGCACGCAACAGCGCCACUACGAGUUCCCGGUCAGUGGUCUGUCUGACGGCCAGUGGCACCACGUAGCUGUGAGUGUAUCAUCUGUUAGGCUGGCGCUGUAUGUGGACUGUGCCCUGGUGGAGAGUGUGGACUGGGUGUACCAGGGUAUGGGCAUCACAUCUGAAGGCCUACUAUUGUUGGGAGGGAUCAUAGAGGGCUUCGAGACACCCUUUGAGGGCCAAUUCCGACAGCUGACGUUCCUGAUGGGCGACACAGAUGCCGGCCACCAUCACUGCACUCUUCACCCUGCCCAGUGUGGGGGGGCCGGGUUCAAGUCCCCCCGCUCCCCACGUACCAACCACGCCCUCGAGAAGCUCCUGCUGUCCUCAAAUGACCUGGUGGACCUGCUAGAGAGAUCCAAGGACUCCUCUUUCUUGGAUGUGCAAGUGGGGAAGACUGUGUUUGGGGCUAUGGGUGUGUCUGCUUUGAGUUGGACCAGCCUCUCCUCACACACGCUGGUUGAAAGCGCUACUGUUGAUGACACAUACAGUGCCUGCUUGAGCCUGUUGCUGCAGAGGCCCCUGGAUCAACUGCUCACCAGGCACAGCAAGGGCUGCCCAGACCGUUAUGCUGUUCUGCUGUUCCACGGAUGUGAUGUGUUUGGGCAGAGUGGGAGUCAGCGUGGGGACGGGACAUGGGGUCCCCGCCAGAAAGGCUCGGUGGGACGAGGGGAUGUCUUUGUGGUGGACGAGGACACAGACCUGGCUGAUCCAAUCCUCCAGGGGGGACACCGCAACCCUCAGUGGAAACCCAGCAGUCAGGGCCCCAAAGGCAGCCGUGAGGGCAAGCCUGAGCCCUCCUCCAAACUCUUGGAGGAGAACAUCACCACGGACAAGAAGACAAAAGACUCUGGAGGGAGGGGUGUCGGCCUGUUUCCCGCAAAACCCUUGGAUGACAUCAUUAUUGAUUUGGACCCUGGGUUUUCCCCGAAGAAGCCCUCAGUGGAGUUUCCCCAUGUCGAUAAGACUCAGAUAGAGACCCCCCUGGACCAGGAGCACCCAGACUCUAACCUGCUGAGAGAGGAGAGCCCCCUGCCCCCUGUGGAGGCUGUAACUGAGGAGAGGAGACCCACCACACACAUCCCCACCCAGCCAGACCCUGACCAGGCUAUCACUGUGGAACGAGGACCAGAAAGCCCACGCACAGUGUCCAUCGUACACAGGGAAGGGGAUCUGGUUCUGGGCUCUGAUGGCCAGAUGUAUAGGCUCCAGAGAGGGCCCCCAGGUCGAAUGGGGCCCCCAGGAAAGGAGGGCUUUCCCGGUCACGCUGGCUUACGUGGGUUUAAAGGUGACAGGGGCCAGCUGGGGCCUGAGGGGCGUGCAGGGCGACAGGGGGAUCCAGGCCCCCCUGGCCCACCUGGUCUGCCGUCCUUCUACCUGUGGAAGAACACUAUUGAGGAGUGGGCUGCUUUUCGGCAAACAUCUUUCUACCAUUUGCUCUAUGCUGGCUGGCCUAGGGAGCAGGGACCCCCAGGACCAGCUGGGGAGAUGGGAAAGACAGGCCCACAGGGGCCAACAGGGGAUCCUGGCCAACGAGGGCCUCCAGGAAUAAUUGGAGAAAUGGGUGAGCCGGGCCAAAAGGGCGUGGUGGGCAGAGCAGGGCUCCAUGGGAAAUAUGGAGAGAAUGGGCUGGACGGUCAGUCUGGGAUGCCGGGUGACCCUGGGCGACAGGGACCCUUCGGGUAUAGGGGAGAAGGUGGUUCCAAAGGAGAAAAAGGGGACGAGGGCCUUAUUGGAGCCAAGGGCCCAAGAGGACAUAUUGGAGAAGUGGGCGAGAAGGGCUCUUUUGGUUUACCAGGCCGUCCCGGUUAUGUUGGUCCACCAGGGCCUCAGGGAGUCAGAGGGUUCACAGGCUCAGAGGGAAACCCAGGACCUGAUGGGGAGGCUGGGUUUGAUGGGCCUCCAGGGCCUCCUGGGACAGUGGGAGCCACUGGUUUCACAGGCCGUGUUGGCGAUCAGGGAGUUAACGGCUCACAGGGAGAGUUGGGGCCUGUUGGAGUCAUUGGCCCCAGAGGCCCCCAGGGACCCCAGGGUUUAGAUGGCGAGAGUGGGCCUCCAGGACUCAGGGGAAUCCAGGGACAGCCUGGGAUGAGUGGUGCCCUUGGUCCGAAAGGUGAUCCUGGGCCUAUGGGGACAAUGGGUAUCCGGGGUGAGCCAGGGUUCGAGGGGCCCAUGGGGCCACUGGGAACACAAGGUCCAAAGGGUUUCCCUGGAAUUACUGGUAAGAGAGGACCAGACGGGGACAAAGGGGACCCUGGACCGAAGGGGGAGAGAUGUGUUCAGGGUGCUUCGGGCAUCCAAGGGCCUCAGGGAGAGAGUGGUCCUAGUGGCUUCCCUGGCUUUACAGGGCUCAAUGGUCAACCUGGCACUAAAGGCAUUGGGGGGGAGAAUGGAGAAACUGGCCCUCAGGGAAAACUGGGCAGAGAUGGGCUGAAGGGGAAUAGGGGUCCAGACGGGGGCAACGGCCAGCCUGGACACAGAGGGACCAAGGGUCGCAUCGGACAGAGAGGGCAUGAUGGCCAGCCUGGUUCACUGGGUUUGCCAGGCCCACCUGGGACAGAGGGACCAGAAGGAAAGCCUGGUACACAGGGUCUCUCUAGUUCGGUGGGAAUAACUGGCGAUAAAGGCCUAAAGGGAUUCCAGGGCAUUGCUGGAGAGCCAGGUCCAGAUGGUCGUUCAGGCCCUCUGGGCCCACCUGGACGGACAGGACCAACAGGUAUCCCUGGGCCACUGGGAGAGAGGGGCUUCACUGGGAAGGAAGGUGUGGAGGGACCCCAGGGGCCAGUAGGCAUGUAUGGUUUCCGGGGUAGCAUGGGAAUGCGUGGCACAAAUGGUCACACCGGACAUAGGGGGGAGACUGGUGUAAGAGGCCUGUCUGGUCUUACUGGGAAGCCUGGACCUCCAGGUGUAUCAGGACCUCAUGGGGAUAGAGGCCCUCCAGGACCUCAGGGUCGGCUAGGGGAUCUGGGACGCACAGGGCUAGAGGGCCCACAGGGCCCCUUGGGUCUGCAGGGCUCAGAUGGAGCCACGGGGAAACCGGGACCAAGGGGAAGCAGGGGGCCUCCGGGGCCACAAGGCUCUAACGGACCAGCAGGAAUCCUAGGAAUGACAGGGGCUGGUGGACUAAUUGGACCAGCGGGGGAAAGAGGAGAAAUGGGUAUGCUGGGACCUUCUGGUGAUCUAGGUCCUCCUGGACUGGAUGGCGAACAGGGCACUCCUGGCCAAUCGGGGUUGGAGGGGCAAACAGGAACAAAUGGGGAAAAGGGAGACCUAGGGCCUUGUGGGAAACUUGGUCCUCCAGGGCAGCCUGGAGCUCGAGGUCUACAAGGACUCAAAGGGUUACAAGGCUCUCCUGGACCUAUGGGAAUAGAGGGUGAUGUUGGACCUCUUGGCGUUGCUGGUGGUCCAGGUUCCAAAGGGGAGAAGGUUAACAAACACUGACUUUUCGG